GCACCUCCUCCACCGGCUGUGCCGAUCCAUCGUUCGAGGAGGUCGACUGCAAGUAAUUCAGGCAGCUCUAUGGAAGAUGGAAGUGAACGGUCGAGGGAAGGAUCCCAUGGCCCUCCACCACUGCCGCCUCCACUCACUAGUCCUAGUGAUCUCACAGAUGACGUCACUCAAGUGCCUGCUAAUACGAUAAUAAAGUGUUUGGCUGAGGACUAUCGAGUGUCGAUGGACGGUCGGCUCGGCCAUAUACUGGACCGAGUCAUUACUACUGAUAGAGUGCCUGGCGUGCUACGUCGACAUGAUGUUGAAAUUGAACUCACUGACAAAUUAUCGAGGGAUAACGUUCGCCUUAUGUGUGCUCUAUUCCAAGCUCACGACUUGGGUAGCAUUGGAAAGAUGGAGCUGGAAGACCAUGGACAGCCUCUCUGUCUGUGGUACCUCUUCCGAGGCUCCUGCCCCUUGGGGGAGUCCUGUCCGUUGAAGCAUCCACAGGCAUUACAGUGGGGAACUGAACCUGGCAAGCAAGCCAAUCGGCUCUGUUCAGACCAGAUAUUAACAGGUCGAUGCAUGGACCCAAUGAGAUGCACUAGAGUACACAAGUUUGGGCCGGAGGAAGUUGAAGAUUAUUUGAUGACAGGACGGAUACCCCGUAAGGAGGGCGGGAGUCUUCCAGAGCCGCUCAUGCGUGCUCCGGCGCCUUUUUAUCCUCACAUGCCACCUAAACGAAAAC